AAUCAAUUUCAUCAUAAUUAAAACAUUUUGUAGACAAAAGAAACAAAAAUUAAAGAUGCAUUUGACCGAGAAAUGUCUUUCAUGGAUAGUGGUUGUAAAUCUGAUAGAAUCACAAAUACUAUUUUAUACAUGCUUGCAGUUGAUAAAAUGCCACUAUCAGCAGUCGAAAAUAAAGGUUUUAAAAAAUUAAUGAAAACAAUUGUGCCUCUGUAUAAAGUUCCAAGCAGGAGGACAGUAACUAGACUGCUUGAAGAUCGAUAUAAGACAUUAAAAAAUAAUUUUAUAGCUAAAAUCGACGGAGCUAUUUGUUACAGUCUUACUUGUGAUAAUUGGACUGACAUUACUAAUCAAAGUUACCUUGGUGUGACUAUUCACUAUCUAACAGAUGAAUUAAAAAUGAAGAGUGGCUGUAUUGGUGUUUUCCCUUUAUACAAAAAUCAUACUGCUGAAUAUCUCGCAAAAUCUUUAAAUACAAUUAUCAAAGAAUUUAAAUUAAAUUGUUCAAAAAUUACAGCGAUUAUCACAGACAGUGCAGCAAACAUAAAACUGGCGAUAGAAAAAACAGUGGGAAAGUAUAAACAUUUAGCUUGUUUUGCGCAUAUUUUGUCGCAUCUUGUACCGGACGCAUUAACCAGCAUGUCUGAUGCUCAAGAAAUUAUUCAUAAAGUAAAAAAGAUUGUCACCACUGUAAGGAAAAGCAUUGUUGCAUCAGAUGAACUAAAAAACUUACAGCUUCGUGAUGGAAAAACAGAAGGAACUGUAUUAAGAUUCAUACGAGACGUUCCAACGCGUUGGAAUUCUACACUAUAUAUGUUAGACAGAUUUCUUGAGUUAGAAAAGUACGUUUACCCUGUGAUACUAAAAUGUGAGAAACCUUUGGAUAUGUUAAGACAUGACGAAAUCAAAACAUUAAAAGAAAUGAUAUCUAUUAUGAGACCAAUUGAACGUGCUAUCACAGAAAUUAGUGGAGAAGCAUAUCCAACGUGUAGUAUUAUUAUCCCUCUAGUGCGUUGUAUGAAUGUUACAAUUUAUUUUAACAAACCUGAUACACAAAUUGGAAUUACAUUUAAAGAAAAAUUACAAUCGGCAAUCAACAAUCGAUGUAAAAAUUUUGAAAAUAAUAAAAUAAUGAGCAUUGCAACCAUACUGGAUCCUCGUUUUAAAAAAUUACACUUUGAAAAAUCUUUAGCCGCUGCAACUGCAGUACAGCAUAUUGAAUCGGAUUUAAAAAAAUAUAGAACAUUGAAGGAUCCACAAAUAGAUAGAGAGUUAAAUACUGAAAUGACUGUUAGGCAAUACAGUAAUUUAUGGGAUUUUCACGACAAUUUAGUAGCCAAAAAUAAUAACUGUACAGAAGAAUUAAAUGAAGUGAAACAAUAUUUAAAGCAACCCAUUAUUGAUCGAAAAGAAGAUCCAUUUGAAUAUUGGAAAUCCAUGAAUCAUAUUUUUCCAUCUUUAUAUCAUGAAGCAGUGAGAUACAUUAGUACAUUGGGUACUUCAGUUCCAUCAGAAAGAAUCUUCUCUCAAGCUGGUGAUAUAAAAAAUGAUGACCGAAGUAGAUUAACCGGCGAACAUUUAAAUAUGUUAUUAUUUCUCAGUUCGCUUACUGACGAAGAUUGGGCGUUGGAAUAAAAGUAUAAUAAAAUUUUCCACUGGAGGG